UUAAACUGCUUGGAUAGUGAGUCUACACGAGUGAUAAAAUUAGGGUUUUAGAAGAAGGAAUAUAUAUUUACGGCAUUUCAUCACUUUCUCCGCUUCUUCGAACUUUGUUGUACUUUGGGGCUCCUCUCUCAUAUCUGCGACAAUGCCUAAGCAAAUUAAUGAGAUUAAGGAUUUCCUUCUAACUGCAAGAAGGAAGGAUGCUCGUUCAGUCAGAAUUAAGAGGAGCAAGGAUGUCGUUAAGUUCAAGGUUAGGUGCUCCAAGUAUUUGUACACACUUUGCGUCUUUGACACAGACAAGGCAGACAAGUUGAAGCAAUCACUUCCUCCAGGUUUGAGCGUUCAAGAACUUAAGUAGGAAUUUGGUGAUUUCUGGAGCCCUGGUGGAUGAUUUCCUCUUAAGACUUGAGAAGGAUAGCAAUGUUACGUUUAUUAUUUUACCAGCUGAUACUCUCUUCUUUUAUCUUCUGAGUUAUUGUCUAAGAUUUGUGCAAUGAUUAAUGUAGGGCAGUAGUUAUUUUACAUUUCGAAAGAUGAUAUUUUGGUAAUCAUAGAGAGAUGAGUUGCUUGUGUUGAUACAUAUCCAGUUCAUUUUGUGAUCUUAAGUAGUAAACUUACUUCUGCACUU